UGUCAAACAUCUCACGCGGUGUUUGCCUGCUCUGUCCGACAAAUCCUAACCAGUCAAAUCCAAGAAAACACCUGUUUUCCUUCUCCCAAAAAAACCGCAUUCCAGACGCCUCUCCCUCUCUCUCUCUGUCUCUCGAACACAAUAUCGGAAAAAGAAGAAAUUCCAGGUUCGAAAAUACCCUUCUCCCUCUUACUCCCUGCCUUCCUCAAACGCCCAUUCCUGCGAAUCUGCCUGCGAUUUCCAGGUCUGCUCGUUUGUAGGACCCUAUUAUUUCCCAAAAUACCCCUCACAUUCUUCCUAAAAAUCCCCAUUCCGGAAUGGACGGAAUGAUCGCUUCUUAAUUCCACGCGAAAAAGAUACGAAUCUGACCGAAAGAAAGAAAAGAUCCGAAAUCGUUAUCGUCAGAGGCGGGAAGGGAAGAAGAUCCAACGGACGCCGUUGAUGGAUUCUGAGUCGUCGCCUUCGCCGUCGCCGUCGCCGUCGUCUCGUUCCAGAGAUUCGACGAAAUGCUGCAACUGCAGCUGUUCUUGCUUCACGUGGCACCGUUCCCUGAAGCGGAAGUUCGACCAGGCCGCCGUCGCCGACGGCCGAGAUUCGUCGAGUAGCACGGACGCGGUGGCUUAUAUUGAGGUUGAGAACGAGUGCGCUGCGCUGCGGGAGGCCCUGGCGAGCCAGCAGCAAGCGAUCCAGGAGCUGUGUACGGAGCUGGAGGAGGAACGGAAUGCGGCAGCGUCGGCUGCCAGCGAGGCCAUGUCGAUGAUCCUGCGUCUGCAGCGGGAGAAGGCCGAGACCCAGAUGGAGGCCCGGCAAUUCCGACGGUUCGUCGAUGAGAAGAUGGCCCACGAUCAGGACGAGCUGUUUGCAAUGGAGGACUUGCUGUACAAGCGCGAACAGCUCAUCCAAUCGCUGAAUUGUGAAAUUCAGGCAUACAAGCACCGGCUGAUGAGCUUCGGAUAUGACGAGGAUGAGGCGGACGAUGUGGGGCCCACUGAUGUGGGGCUCACUGAUGUGGGGUUCACCAACGUCGAUGAUCAGACCCAGAACGUCGGCCAGACUUGCGAGCCAGAAUUUGAGGUCCCCCCUAUGUUUGAUUACCCUCCCCUGAGGUGCAAUUUGAAUGAGAUCCCUGCGUCGCCGGGUGCAGAUCUCGACAAAUACGCAUUCGGGGAAACACCACGAGAGCGCCUGCAGAAUCUGGGGCUUCGGAUCCACCGGCUGGGGCGGACACCGAGGCAAGAUCAGACAGACGGGGGAAUCUUUUCAGCCAGGCAGAGCUUUGUGGAGAGGACCGCAUUGCCGGUGAGCCAAUCGCCCCGGCGGCCCAGGCACUCCCGAAGGUUCUCUACUGACAGCACGGGGUCGUUCUUGGGAACGGUUAGGGAGAUGGAGACACCCAGAACGAUCCGGAUUGGCAGCAUGAAGAAUUUGGAUUAUGCGUCGGAUUUUGGGGACGACAUGAGCGACAGGAUAUACACUGUCGAUUCGGUGCAGCGCGUGAAUUGUAAUCCUGGAACAAAGGUGGGUGUUGGGGCUUGGGAUGAGUAUGUGGACACGCCAAGGGAGUCGUGGGCCAGGAUGGAUGCAGGGGAGGCGGAUAUCCAGAAGAUGUAUAUGAGGCUUCAGGCACUUGAGGCAGACAGGGAGUCGAUGAGGCAGGCGAUCAUCUCAAUGCGGACCGACAAGGCACAGCUUGUUUUGCUCAAGGAGAUUGCUCAGCAUCUUUAUCAGGAGAUGUCGCCAGAGAAGAUUGUGUGUGUGAAGAAGCCGUCUGUGAUCGGUUGCUUCUCGGUCGUGUCCGUGCUGAAGUGGGUGGUAUCGUUUGUUUUAUGGAAGAAGAAAGCACGACGAACCAAGUAUUCGUUCGGCCUUUCCAACAACUUGGGCUUACUAUUGCUUCUAGACAACUCCCCCCAUAUGAGGCAAUGGAGAUGUCUGACGAGAGCUUCUGCAACCUAAGCAUCAUCUUUGAAACCUAUGCACUUCUAUGUACAUCAUCGAAAUGGAUUUAAGAUCCAUCAAUCUAACAUAUAAAACGGCAUUCGUUCCUGGAUUUCACGUGACAUUGGGAUUGAAAAUUUCUAUUGUAUCAACCGAUUACUGAUGUUGUAUUUUGUCUCAGGAUUGAAGAAUUUUAUUCAAGGGGUUGAUCAGUAAAAAAGCAUGGAUAAAGUGUAGGUUUGGGGUUGCUCAUUUGACUUGUAGAAAUGUAAAUUGAGGUAUGCGCUUGUGUCAUCCUCUUGUGUAUAUUCAAAUCUGCGUGCUUCCACAAUUAAACAUUUCUUCAUUCUUUCAUUUCUAUAUUCCAGUAAAAAAAGAAAAGAAAGAGAUUGACUUGGGUCGA